UAUGAUAUGCUUUAAUAUGCCUUGCAAAACAGUUUAUAUUUGUUUUCAUUGUGCAUAAACCACUAUAUUGUCACUGACUAGAACAUCUUUGUUUCCUUACAGGACCUGCCCGGUGACCUUGAUGACCUUCCGGACACCAUCCUAGCGAUUCGACUGAUUGAGAACGACGGAGCCCCACCCCGCAAGAAGCCUAGAAGAGAGGACAGCGACCAGCAGCGGCUGCAGCGGGGCGUGGACGCGGGCAGGAAGGUGGUGGAGGCGCUGCUGCUGGCGGUCCCCAAGGCCAUGGAGGCACUCAACCGCCAGCUGGACGCGUCCGUCGCCCAGCUCCGGCAGCUGGAGGAGGCCCUGGAGCAGGUGCAGCGGGGUGCGGCAGACGAUGAGGGCACCUCACAGGAGCAGCUGCAGCUGGCCGUGCAGCUGGAAGAGAGCCACCGACUGCUCAACAACAAGUGGAGCGUCGUCUCGGAGGAGCAGGAUGGAUCUACCUGGAAGGCUGAUGUGCAGCUGGGCGGAUUUGGAGACACCUUGCGCCCCCUGCUGUUACAGCUGCGAGAGGACGGCCUACUAGUGCAGGUUGACGACGUCGCUGUUUCCUCUUCACCAGACACAUACGUGGGGCCUCCAACGCUAGCCGCUCUUUCCAUAAAACGCAAUGAUCUCUCCGAAGGCGAUUUGAAAGUGAACGAAAUACUGCGAAACAAACGGCGCUUGGAAUACAUACGCGUCAUAGACGGCUUAAGGGGCGAGGGGUCGGACAGGCUGCUGCGUAUUAUAGCGUCGCACCCGUUGCACAUCCAGGAGCUCAAGUUCUCGGACAAGGUUGAGCCGAAGGUCUUGGAGGAGGUGCAGAAAAUGUCUUCGCUCAAAAGACUGAACAUCGAUUGCGUGAGGGACCGAGACGACUACCCAGACCUGCCGUUGCAGCUGGAAGAGCUCAUGAUAAAUCGACCGAGCGCGCAACAGCUGUACUGUAUGAUGCGCAUGCCCGCUCUGCAGAGUCUCACAGUUAAUAAUUACUCAGGUCCCAAUAUCACGUUCACCCCUUCACAGUACAGAAAACUUCGUUGGCUCGGCGUCAUCUCCGACAUCGACCACAAGCCCACCAUGCUCUCUCUGAUUCGCGCGCAUGCCUCUUCACUGCUGGAGCUGCGCUUGUUCUGCACCGUCAAUCGCGACGACGGCGGUUAUCAAGCUAGGUACUACUUCCCCGACCUUGGUCGGAACCUGGCUGCCUGCGACCUGCUCCACCUCCGGCGGCUCGUCCUACGACGUCCCCAUAAUAUCCCUUGCACGGACGUCGCUGGCUGCCUGAUGCAGCUGCAGGACCUCCGCGGCCUCCUGCCUCGGUCCGUCGAGGUGGUUUGCGACGCGUGCCGACCCUCCGUCCUCGAGUAAAGUGCUCCAAUACGCCCGCACCACGGGCAGGCUUGCAUGUCCUGUGCCGCCGUUCAAGACGUUGCCUUAAUUUCGAACGUCGUCACAGUUUGUUUUAAAAUGUUAUUCCUAAAGUUUGGAAACUGGAAUCUGGAAAAUAAAUCUUACCUGCAUCUUA